AUGCCCACCGAAGUGGUCUUAACAAUAACUGGCUUCCGCAAGCCUGGUCUCGAUGAGUCCUCCUUGCACGAGUAUUUAACAAACCACCAUGCACCCCUUGCGCUACCCUUCCUGCUGAAAUACGGUGUUAAGGAGUAUAGCCUGAUCGACCAAUUCUCCACCUUCACACCCCACGUCGAGCAGAUGCAUAUGACCGAGAAGCUAGCGGAUUGUGACUACAUCGUGCAGUUUGUUAUGGAUGAUAUUAGGCAGUUUACAAGACUCUGGGAGGACGAGGAGUUCCGGAAAACUGUUAAGCCGGAUCAUGUGAACUUUGCGGACGAGAGCAAGUCUGGGAUAUCGAUUGGGUACAGGACGAGAUUCAUCUCGCCGGAGGAAGGGUUGGGGCAGUUGAAAAAUUGAGGACAGGCUCAUUUCACUACAUUUUGACCAUAAAGAAUGUUUAAUGCUAGAGGGCUGGAUCGAGCUGGACAGUUAUAGAUUGGUUGAUACUUCGAUGAGAUAGAUUUAUAUAUAAUGCUGAGUAACAAACCGCCUCCCCCCUGCGCCUAAUUUUCGAACCUUAAUCAAUGAAACCUAUGCAACCCAGGGAAUCACAAAAAGAAACGUGUGGCAUAACAAGUGUAGCAUAAAGUGUAGCAUAACAAUAGUGUAUGGCAACUCUCCGUGCGCUUUGACGGAAACAGAAAUCGUGAAUUCGUGACUUCGUGGCGGUUUAAGGUCGUAGUCAAGUGUAUAUACUCCUUCGGAAUCACGCCGUCUGAUCUAGACGGAUCCAUUCUCUCGGAACGUCCAUACUGCGGUUGACGCGCGCCCCAGGUGUUAAGGGCACGUCGACUCGUCCUGAGCCUCGCUCAUCGUCGACAUGUUCUUCGUAGGUGGAGAGACGCGAGAAGUAGUCUUGCAGCACUGCUUCGCGGUCGUUGUCUCCGACUAUACUAGUAUACUCUGGCGGAGGUGUGAUGAGGGGUGGCGGAGGAGGCACCUCGUCAAAUGCGGGCGGUGCAAAAGAUGGGGCGCGGAG